AUGGAUAUCGAGAAGGCGCUAAAGGUCCUCCGAGACGCGCCUGUUGAAGCCUUCAUGCUUCAAAUCAGUGAAACGCUUUCGACAAUUCAGCAUGUGGAUCAAUUAUUAGGAACCUUGAUCACUAGAGGCUCGGAGUCCUCAGUAACCUCAACUUGCCGACUCUGCAAGCGAACGUCGAACAACAACAGAAUAGCCAGUACUGCAGCACCUGGCUUAUCCGGCAUUGAACCUAACCGUCUUAUGGAUAACGCGAGAAUCUCAAACCAGAAGCAUAAUUCCGACCAACACACACCGGAACAGCCCACACCAGAACAACCCACGCCAGAACAACCCACACCAGAACAACCCACACAAGCACAGCCAGCUAUCAACAAGGAUGCCACAGAUCGGAAUCGAUCUUCUCCUCUCCUGAAAGCUGUGAUAGAAGCUUUACCACUCAUUUGGAGCCUUUCGAGAAAGAAGCCUUCCGAUAUUAUUUCAAAGAAAAGGGCCCAUCAGCGCGAUAAACGGCUUGACCAUAUCCUACGAUUUGAAAAUGGGAAGUCUCAGAGAGUCAAGAGCUCUGUUGAAAAUAAGCUUUUGCGGGGCAUCGCACAACGAUCGCUGGCUCUUGAAUAUUCCAGAUAUCAGGAUCAUCGCGAGGAAAAAAGACGAACCGAUGAAAUGUGUUAUUUAAUUCUACGUCCACCCCCUGAAAAGAAGGAAAAGAAGGGCAAUUUGUACCAAGGAAGGUCUGGUACUAUCCGUCUAUGGUUGAGACAAUACCUCACAUUUGCAGCAGAGGAUGAAAACAUUGUUUUUGCGGCCGUUAAUGCUGGAAUCAAACAACUCAUUGUCGAAGAACUACUGAAACGAAGACUUCGGCACGCUGGACUAUCCCUUGACGCAGUCGCUAUUUCAGCUGCGACUGCCUUGACGAUACAACAAUUCAAAGCUCUCCCACUUAAGGAUAUACUCUCUUUCGUUGACUUAGUAUUGGAAAGUCAAACGGAAGUAAAACUGUCCAAGGACCAGCUGGAAACAUUUGGCGAAGGUGUGCAAAAACCCACUGCUAUGAAGGUUAUCGACAAAACUUCCCCAUGGAGCCCAUCUGAUGGUAUCCUCACAGAAAUGAUCUACUCAGAUGUGAGACUCGAAGAAGUUUCACGAAAACGGCAUCGUUCAUCGUCUCCUUCGAAUAGUGGUUCCUACAAUGGCCCCGAGGAGGACCCGCCGCCUGCCUCUCCGCAGUCUAAUUCAGACUCCGGUGUUAUUUCUAAUACAGAUUGCGCAACCUCUGAGCUCUUACCUGCUGAAGCAGUUGACCAGAAUCAACAUGAUGAUCUGGUGACCUCUGCUCCACUCGGCACUUCACCGUUCUCACCAAAUAACACAAGAUCAGCCGCAAAUAUACGGCCUAUAAACGCCUCACAAAUCCCAUUUGAUGAUGUGCCGAAUGAACAGUCCGCGUCUCUUCCUGAGGAAACCCACCGAAGAGCAUUGCAUGGGCAGAUAAGCGACACCGGUGUAUUUUAUCCACUGGAUUAUUACCCUAAUCUCGCUGAGGGUACUCAAAAUUCCCCGGACUCUCAGCUCCUUGAUGGCUUCAAUGCCCUGAACUUUCCCAGUCUUGCUCUGGACGCCCAAAGCUCCCCGGGCUCUCAGCUCCUUGAUGGCUUCAAUGCCCUGAACUUCCCCAAUCUUGCUCUGGACGCCCAACUCCCCCCAGAUUCUUACCUCUCCGAUAGGUUAAAUGCCCUGAACUUUCCGGACCUCGUUCUUGGCACUUAA